AUGUCUAAAUGGUCUGUAGAUUUUAGUUCACUUAACGCAUCUAACAGUUGUAAAGUUGAUAACCCUAUAGGUUUUGAGCCUUCUGCAUUAUCAAAAUUUGAUAAGAAUGAGAGAACAUACCGUCAGCUUAGCCAAGCCAAUCGCGAUGAACUUCAAGUAACUCUUAAAGUGAAGAGAGCUUGGGAUGUCGCUAUGGGUCCAGCUAAAAGUAUACCUAUGAACGCUAUCAUGAUUUAUAUGUCGGGAACAAGUCUGCAAAUUUUCACAGUCAUGGUGACAGCCAUGCUUUUCUUCCAACCCAUCAAGGCUAUCAUGUCUGUUCAAGAGACCUUUAGUCGUUUUGAAUCAACAGGAAAAGCCAAGACACUGCCAGGUGCUGAUUUAUUGACUCCUAAACUAACGUUUAUAGGCCUUCAUCUAGUUACUAUUCUUAUGGGCAUUUAUAAAGUGAAUGCAAUGGGAUUAUUACCAAACACAGCUUCAGAUUGGCUUGCAUUUCUCCAUCCAAAAGAAGUACUUGAGUUUGCAGCCUAA